AUGGCGUUCUUGCUCUCACACUGGAGACAGACGGACAGGCAGAACGUGGCAUGGGAGCCUGGUUUUUCCAAAGAGUGUGGUUUGGGAAGACCCAUGGUGCUCAUGAGUCCCAGCAUUGCUGCUCACACCCAUGCCUGCCCAGUCGGACUACAGAGUAGACCUCUAUCUGCCCUCCUGACCCCUGGCUACUGCCCUCAAGAACAGGUAGAAGUACAGGAAAGAAGGCACGGGCCUGCACUGGCAGGCCUCAGUGGGCACUACUGGUGGCAGGGGGUGGGCAGCGGGCAGAAAGGCCAGAGCGCACAGCUGUGGCCCUCUGCCUCCUCUCUCAGUAAACGAAAGUGCACAAGCAGAACCCCCUGA